AUGAUCAAUGCCGUGCUUGUCUUCAAUAACACUGGCCAGCCGCGCCUGACCAAGUUCUACACGCAGCUGGACACCCAAACGCAACAAUCCCUCAUCGCCCAGAUCUACCAUCUCGUCGCCCAGCGCCCAGCAAGCGCCUGCAACUUCCUCCCACUGCCCCCGCUGCUCUCCCGCGGCGCCAGCUCCUCCGCUGCCCACGGCCCCUCCGAUGCCCCAACCCAGAUCACAUACCGCACCUAUGCGACCCUCUCCUUCAUCAUGAUCUCCACCUCGACCGAAUCACCACUGGCGCUCAUCGAUCUGAUCCAGGUCUUCGUCGAGGCGCUGGACCGCAUGUUUGAGAAUGUUUGCGAAUUGGAUCUGAUCUUUGGAUAUGAGACUAUGCAUGCCGUUCUGGGCGAGAUGAUCGUUGGCGGUGUCGUUGUUGAGACGAAUAUCGAGAAGAUUGUUGCCGGCGUGCGCAGCCAAGAGGGCUCUUUGGGGAAGAGGAAGGCUGUCCAGGCGGCGAGUACCAGUCUGGGACGGGGUGCGCUUCCUGGUCUGGGGGCCUGGCGGUAA